AUGAGGUGUGAGGAGAAACAACUACUGCGAAUUUUGCCUCUUGGGAAAACUGGUAGUGGGAAAAGCGAAACUGGAAACACCAUUUUAAAUGGUAAAUUCUUUGUCACCAAAUGUCAGUCCAUUUCUGUGACUAAGAAAUCUCUCUGUAUAACUGCAACCGUCCAAGGUAGAGUCAUCAAAUACAUUGACACACUUGGAGUUUUGGACACGUUUCUAUCUAAGGAAGAGCUGGAGAAGGAGAUAGUGAAGUCUAUCAUCAGAUCUCCUCCAGGGCCUCAUGCCAUCUUAAUUAUUCUCAAAGUUGAGACGUACACAACUCACGAGAUCGAGAUUGUGAGACAAAUCAGAAGCCUAUUCGGGGAAGGUGCCUUGAAUUAUGCAGUUGUCCUCUUCACUCAUGGUGAUAAUCUGGAUAAAGGUCAGACCAUUGAGGAAUUUGCAAAUCAGAAUCCAGAGUUAAAACAGUUGGUGGAUAAGUGUGGAGGUCGUUGCCAUGUUAUUGAUAACAGAUACUGGAAUCAUCAGAAAAGAGGAUACAGGAGCAACAGAGUUCAGGUUGAGAAUCUGCUGAACACCAUAGACAAGAUGGUGGAAGAGAACGGAGGAAGAUGCUACACUAAUAACAUGCUUCAGUGUAUGGACGUGUACAUAAACAAUACAAUAGAGGAGAUUAGACAAGAAUCAGAUGGCAGAUUGACAGAAGAGCAGAUCAGUGAUGAAGCCGAAGAAAGAACAUAUACAUGGGUAAUGUCACUUAAACCAUACCACGGAGCAAUCGAGUGGCUACGAGGUUACUUAGGAUCUGUUUGUCCUUGUUUUAAAGAGCUUUCUUAUGUCCCACUUCAUGCAAAAACAAACUAG